GUUGGAUGGUUUUAAAUGGACAACUUUUAUAUGAAACCAGGUAAUCAGGAGCGGGGAUGGAACGAUCCUCCACAGUUUUCUUAUGGUCUGCAGACAAGUGCUGGGGGAACGAAAAGAAAUAUUCUAAACAAGCGGGUGCCCCCACCUCAACUCACAGGCCAAGGUCCUGGGCCAGGAUUGCCUCUUUCUCCAGCCGCUAGUUCGGUCCCUCCAAGUAAUCCAGGACCUCCUCCUGUGGGUGGAUUGACUCCACCCCCUCCUAAGAGUAGAAUCUCUUUAGGUGGACUCUCAACAGGCUCACUCUCAGGUUCUUCGAAGACUCAGACUAAUUCAUCAGUGCCAGCAGAGAAUGAACCAGAACUCGAUGAGGUUCACGCACCUCUUCUCUGGGCACUAGCUGCAUGUAGGCAAUCUGUGAAGAAACAGGUUUGUGCUGAUGUUGAAAGACGGCUAAAGCUUUUUGAGGAGAUGUGGAAGAGUGGGAAACUUUCUCUCCCAGUUAAAUGUAGGAUGAAAGGACUUUCCCAGGAGCUGAAGAACAAGAAGUGGGAUGCAGCCGAUGAGAUCCAUAGAGCCCUGAUGGUGGAUUAUGUAAAUGAAGUUAGUCAGUGGAUGGUGGGGGUUAAGCGACUCAUCGCAGAAACCCGAAACCUGAGCCCAGAGCUGCUCCAGACAGAAGACACCCUGCCCCAGGUGGAAAAGGACCUGGCGCAGACAGAAGACAAACUGCCCCAAGCAGAAGAGAUCCUGCCCCAGACGGAAGAGAUCCAGCCCCAGACAGAAGACGACCUGCCCCAGACAGAAGACAAACUGCCCCAGACGGAAGAGGUCCAGCCCCAUAUGGAAAAGGUCCAGCCUCAGACGGAAGAAACCGCUCAAAGCGACAGCUCUGCUGACCCAGUGCAAUGUGAAUGAGUUUUAGACUUCUCAAUCUGAGCCUUACUCAAUAAUGGACAUUACUUUAUGAAACCUCUUUUCAAAGCUGCUGUGGGACCAAUCGCAUUAGAGAUUCUGUGAUCACAUGAGGGAGAUUUAGUGUUAAUACUGCAAUACUUCAGUACUGUUUAUGCUGUACGAAUACUGUAUAAUACUAUAACUGGUUAAUUUUGCUCCUUUACUUCACUCAUUCAUCUUCAUAGCCCUCCUCUAUCACUGAUUAUGUGGACAGUGGAGGGUACUAUGAAGCUAGGCCCCAGAAGUGGACGUACCAUGGAUUUAUGUCAGUUAGGUGGGUUUAAAGGCAUACUCUAUCGCUUUUUUAACUUCAGUCUCUGUGUGCUGCAUUUGUAGCAUACAGUCAGUUACCAAAGACAAUAAUUUCCCUGCACUUUGUAAAUGAAUAGAAAACCUGUUGGCUUAAAGGGAAAUUCCACAGAUUUUUCAAAACCUCUGCAUAAUUAAAUCAUUAAGAAUUUAACAGAGGCAUUUAGAGUGGUAUGAUGUGGAAUGCAUCGUUUUAGAGAAACUUAGAGUAAGAAUUGUUCACAGUGGCACUGAUAAGAACAUGUUGAAAAGAGUAAUGUCUCUAAGCUGCCUCACAGAGGGUUAUUACAUGAAGUGGUUGUGAAUAUGCUGCCUGAUAUCAGAUGUCGUUUUACUGUAUUUUUGACACAAGAUUUUGUCCUAAAAUGUGUUUUUGUAAAUCUUUUUAUGGUGGAGGGGUACAUGCAGGGUGUUGUACGGCAAAAUAGUCCCCAAAGAAAACUUCAGAUUUACCAUCAUCAACAUUACGUUUACAAAUUCAUAAGAGCUGUGUACAUUCACUGUUUAUUUUGGAUACUAAAUGAAAUGGCUGUAUCUGUGUUGUAGAGAUUGUGACCCCUGGUUCCUAUCAUCAUCACCACAGUAAAGAAGUCAGGGGUGAACGUGCCAUUUCACAUCAAACAUUCCAAAUGACUUAGUUUACAUCUUAACAACUGAAAUAUGCACAUUUUCUAAAAAUCUGUGGAAUUCCCAGUGAAGCAUUCUUAUCAAUCGGUUGAUGGGCAGCUGCCUCUUGCUCUGUAUUAUAAGUAUCAACAGUUUUUCUGUUCUUUUACUAAAUGCAUAAAAAUAUUGUUUGUGGUAACUGAUCUUAUGCUACAGAUGGAACCCAUAGAGAUUAGAUUGAAAAUGCUGGCGUCUUGGUUUACUUAUUAAAAGAUUUUAUUUUCCACCAGUGAAAUCACUCUAAGCUAUAAACAAUACACAAUAAGAGACAGUUUUAGUUCAGGUUUUUUCUAUGCAAUUGUUCUUUCAGAUAAUUCCGUUUGCAUGGAGUAUUCCUUGGCAUGCUUUUUUAAUGCCAUUUGGUUAAGCAGCAAUAAACACCCAUAGCAACUGUACCACCCUGUGUAAUGGGGUUGCAAAGGCUAUUGUAACUGCAUGUUUAUAGACUGAUUUCCAGUUUACAUAUACGUGAUUAAACAUCUGGGUAUAUGGCUACGAUUCCUUUCUUUAGUAAGAUCCUAAACAUAUGUAAAUCUCAGAGAGAAAAGGGGUGCAUACUGUAUGUACUUGAGUAUAUCCUCGACUCUGCUGCUACCAAACUACACAAGUGUGCUUUGUUAAUAAUUGUAGAUGCCCCAUCGCAACACAUUUUUUUAUCAUGUAAAUAAAAUGAUUUAAAUAGA